UGCUCCAUUCCGUCCUCCACCUCCACUACCAGCACUUCCACUUCUAUAUUGCACCUCCUCCACCUCCUUCACUCUUCUCCACUUCUAUUCUCUCUUUCAUUUUAACUUUUUUUUUUGUCUUUUCUAUAAUUUGGUCAUUUUUACGCCUUUUCCUUUCUCAUCUUCCACUUGCUCCUUCUUCCAUUUCUCCACCUCUCUCUUCCUUUUCCUUCUCCACAAACCACCUCUCCAUUUUUUCAUAUUUUCCUCCUCCUUCCAUUCAUUCUUCUCCACCUUAUCCCCCUCCUUCAUUCACUUCUUCCUCUUCCUCUUCUUCCACAAACCACCUCUCCAUUUCUUCAUCUUUCCCCUUCUUCCAUUCAUUCUUCUCCACCUUCUUCUUCCUCUUCCUCUUCCUCAAACCACCUCUCCUAUCCCUGCAUCCACCUUCUUCCUCUUCCUCUUCCUCAAACUACCUCUUCUGUUCCUGCAUCCACCUUCUUCUUCCUCUUCCUCUUCCUCAAACCACUUCUUCUAUCCCUAUACAUCCUCUCUUUUUUCUUUCUCCUUUAUCCCUCAAUCACCUUCUACUCUUCUCCCUCUUCCAUUUCUGCAUCCUUCUCCUCCACUUGAACGCUCUCUCUUCUCAUCCACCCUUCACCACCACCUCCACCUCUUCCUCCUCCUCCUCUUCGCAAUGUCCGUGUCCCCGUUUGUGCUGUCCCGGCCUAUCUACGCACUCUCCAACGUGCUGUCCACCACUCUCAGCACGCGUGAUCCGGAGGGCGCCCCUGACACCCUGCUGGCCAUCAUUGAGUUUCUGGUUCCCGUUACCAUUCUGCUGGACAACUACUUGGAGCAAAUCUACAACGGGAAUGGCAGGAGCCUGGGGGAGGAGCAGGCCGGGGCGUACGCCGUGCUGGCGGGUCGGCUCAGCGCCCAGUUCGGCGUGGACGGCGCGGCGUGCCUGCAGCGCUUCGUGUGCGAGCUGCAGCAGCGGCCCAUACACGGCAGGACCAUGGCGGGGCGCAUGCUCACGAUGCUGCUCACGCCGAGAGUGAGGAGCAAGAGGGAUGCCACGCUGUUGACGGACUACUUGGCGGCGGGGCGUCUGGGGCAGCGCGGGGCGUACUGCGACCACCACUACGCCGCCUGCCCCUUCAGCGCCUUCCACUACUUCGACGACCUCAGGAACGCCACCGCCAGGCUCAGAUAAUGGAAGUGUAAUAGAGGGAAUAACAAGCCUUAGCAGUUUUUUUCUCAUUACCUUUUUUUCUUUCUCUUUUGCCGUUUAACUCCUUUACUGUAAAAAAAAAAGUUCCCCCUCUAUGCCUGAGACUAAGAAAUGAGCACCUUAUUUUUUUUGUCUUGCACUACACAAUGUAUCCUCAGUGUUCUCCAAGUCAAAAUUGUAUUACACUGAAUGUAUCCUCAGUGUUCUCUAAGUCAAAAUUGUAUUACACUGAAUGUAUCCUCAGUGUUCUCUUGUCAAAAUUGUAUUACACUGAAUGUAUCCUCAGUGUUCUCUAAGUCAAAAUUGUAUUACACUGAAUGUAUCCUCACUGUUCUCUUGUCAAAAUUGUAUUACACUGAAUGUAUCCUCAGUGUUCUCUAAGUCAAAAUUGUAUUACACUGAAUGUAUCCUCAGUGUUCUCUAAGUCAAAAUUGUAUUACACUGAAUGUAUCCUCAGUGUUCUCUUGUCAAAAUUGUAUUACACUGAAUGUAUCCUCACUGUUCUCUUGUCAAAAUUGUAUUACACUGAAUGUAUCCUCAGUGUUCUCUAAGUCAAAAUUGUAUUACACUGAAUGUAUCCUCAGUGUUCUCUUGUCAAAAUUGUAUUACACUGAAUGUAUCCUCAGUGUUCUCUAAGUCAAAAUUGUAUUACACUGAAUGUAUCCUCAGUGUUCUCUUGUCAAAAUUGUAUUACACUGAAUGUAUCCUCACUGUUCUCUUGUCAAAAUUGUAUUACACUGAAUGUAUCCU